CAAAAACCCAGGAACCCAGUUAAUGCAAGCAAAGAAACUUUUUUUUUUUUCCUAAAAAAAAAGCAAAAAGCAAAAAAAAAAAAAAAAUCCCUGCUUUUGCAAACAACCUCACUGCUGGGCUUCACAAGGAGCAGAGCUGACCUUCUGUGUUUCGUUUGGACUCCAGCUGGGAAGCUGCAGAGAACACCAAAACCCCAAUGAACAGAACCUUUCAUAGCAUGCACCCUGCUCAGGGACGGUGAGACAGAGGUCCUGAAACACCAGCUGGCUCUGCCAAAGAUGAGGGCUCUGCUUCUCCUGCUCUUGCUGUCCACUGGGAACACAGAGAAGGAGCUGCCAGGACCCAGCUGGGAACCCCGGCGCCUCUCGUGUGUGAGAUGCUGUGGGCCCUCAGAGCAGCCCAGCCCCAUCAUCUCCUCACGGUACACAAGGAGGAGCAGUGCCCCUGCCUAUUCCGUGCCCAAAGUCCAGCCCACUAUAGAUAUCACCAUCCUCAAAGGUGACAAGGGUGAAAUGGGAGAGAGAGGGUACCCUGGAGCAGUUGGGAAGGAAGGAGAGAGAGGGCUACGUGGCUUUAGUGGACGGAAGGGACAGAAAGGCCAGCCUGGCCCCCAAGGCCACUCCUGCAAGCAGCUCUAUGCUGCCUUCUCAGUGGGGCGGAGAAAACCUCUUCAUAGCUCCGACUACUUCCAGCACUUGACUUUUGACACCGAGUUUGUGAACCUCUACAAACACUUCAAUAUGUUCUCGGGGAAGUUCUUCUGCUACGUGGCAGGAAUCUAUUAUUUCAGCCUCAACGUCCACACCUGGAACUUCAAGGAGACUUACCUGCACUUGAUGAAAAAUGAGAAAGAAGUGGGAAUCCUCUACGCCCAGCCCAGCGACCGGAGCAUCAUGCAGAGCCAGAGCCUGAUGCUGGACCUGGAGGAAGGAGAGGAGGUCUGGGUGAGGAUGUUCAAGAGGGAGAGAGAAAAUGCCAUCUAUAGUGAGGAGUCUGAUGUUUACAUCAUCUUCAACGGCCACUUAAUCAAGCCAGCUGUAGAGUAGCCCCUCAUCAGCUUUAGGCUCAAAGCUUUGGUAGAUACAUGUCUUCCCGCUUAGAAAUCCAUAGGUCUAGUUCCACCUGGAAGGUUUGCAGUCCUCCUGGCCUGCUGUCAGGGUUUUCUGUCCAUGCCAAGGACACCUCUGGGGGUGGAGGUAACUGUUUUGAGGUGAUGCAAGCUACCCAAGGAAAGGCUUCAGCCCUUAUGUGCCCCUGGGAAGACACAUGCAGUAAGCUCUGAUUCUGCAACCCUCUACAGACCCCCAGUAACCUCCCUAAAGGGUUUGCCAAGUUGGUGGCAAAAAUUUCACAUCUAUGCUCUGCUUUAGAGAAGCCAUUUUAAUGACACCCGAGGAGCAUCUUCAGGUACCAGGUGUCUGGGUGCUAGUUAAGGAAUGUCACUGACUCCUCCACCAAAUCACUGAUAAGAGCCCACACUCACCAACAUCUCCACCAGCUCUGCUCCACUCAGGUAGGCAAGAACACAGCAGUGUUAAUACUAUUUUGCCCAGUAUAUUUACUCUAAAUUAUAAUUUUUGUCCCAUUUUGUGCACUAUUACAUUCUGAGAGCAGGAUGCCAGACUUAGAUAAAGAAGUCUGUGGAUCUGGCAGAGCUUUUUCAGAGACACAUAGUUUUCAGCCCAGCUGGAGCCACGUGCUCUAACUGGGCUAGCUUGGGUACCCCUAGCAAUGCUUCUCACACAAGAACAUCCAGCCUGAGGGGGAAUGGGUGUAUUUCCCAUUUUAAGGAAAAUUCUGGGCCCUGUGUUAAGAUCCAAUGUCAGAGGGCUUGUUGCCAAGCUGGAAUUUGAGGCCAUGCUCGUGUUUGGGAAUCCUCACCUGAUAGCACCUUCAUUUCUGAAAAGGGGAAAAGAAACCUUGCAAAGAAUAAAAAGUUUUUUGGUUUAUUUGGGUUUUUUUUUUACCACAGAGGUAUUUGGGGGAUUUGGUUUCUUGUUUCCUAGACCAACUAUUGCCACAGCAGUGGCAAAGUGCAUACAGCAGCAAGAAACAUCCUUUUCCCCAGCUCCACCUUGCCCCCUGCCUCCUGAGUGCAUCCCAAGCCAUCUGCAUGAAGGAAACAUGGGAAGUUCUUGCUAGGAAACUGCUUCACUGCUGGACUUUGACUGCUUUGGAAAAGUAGCUGAAAUAAAGAGAUU